AUGACACAACGAAGCGUUCCUCGUUUAAUUGAAUCUGUAAAACUCCACAACGCAACUGGGGAUGGAUACAAAACAUAUACCCUCAUAACCACCUUCGAAGAUUUCAUACCAUCCCCAGAAACUAGCUCGUACAUAAUUUUUCGUUUCAAAGACGAAUAUAAGAAAUCUCAGAAAUCCGAGAAAUCCGGUAUAAUAUGGGGUUAUAUCUAUGGGAAGUGUUUAGACUUUAUGGAUCGCAUGAAUAAUGCAAUCUCUGUCGAAAGUACGAACAAAAACAUGAAUCACUUUGAUGAUAAAAACUUGAAUCCAUCGGUCUUCGAAGACACAGGCUACAUUUCUGAAAGAAGCUUUGACUCGUUAAACUCCAUUCUUCGAGAAUAUGUAAUUUGCCGUAUCGAUGGUAAUAACAUACUUACCCUUGUUCGUUAUAUUAAAGAAGAAGUCCUAAACUCGUUAAAGAAACGUGAACUCGUCCGUAAAUACAUAUGCCGUUACUGCAAAAAAUUAUAUAAACAUCCAUGCAAUUUAAGAGACCAUGAGCAGGUUCAUUCUAAUAAAAGACUGAAAUGUCGAAUUAAAGGCUGUAAAAAGUCUUAUACAUUAAAAGGAAAUAGAGGACGUCACGAAAAGAGUCAUGCUUCUAUUCUACAAAUAUAA